AUGCCGGUUUAUUCGAGCGAUGAUCAGCCAGCAGUGUACAGCGGACGUCAUACUCGCAAGGAUCUCAAGAUGUAUCGUCACAGGAAAAUAUUAAGUGGACCAGAUCUCAUAUCAAAAUGGAUUUGGACAUACGUGAGUCAUCCAGAUAGUUUCAAGUACGUUGACAACAAUGGCGAACUUAUACGCCGUAGUAAUUUCACUCCGUAUCCUUCGUUGAUUGAGGCGCAAAAAAUUCUUGGUGGUGGAAACUUCGAUAUUGGUUAUUCGGUCAAUAAACAUAAACGAUGGAACUUGCUGGAGGAUCAGUUGAUCGACUCGCUUCAUUCUCUUCAAAAUCCGUCAAUUGGCCUUCGUGUUUCACUUCUACGAGUGAAAGCUGAUCACCGCAUCAACCGCGACUACGAUCGGCCUGAACUCGCUACUGACUAUACGAAUGUCGGUGUUGAAGUAAUCGAUUUUCGCGGAUACAAUGGCGAUCAUGAAGUGCACAUCGAUAAACGAAAUACGCGAUUCGUACAACUUUAUGACCGGGACUUUGAUUAUGCAAGAUUCAAUCAAGGCGAUGUGGAGAUGAGCACACGUCAUGGCCGCAGAAAACCGUAUUUGCGUCAAAGAAUUAAUGUGCGCAAAGAGUUGAACGAAUCGUCGCAUCGGCGAAUGUCUUUCGAUGAGCGAAUCACACAUUUGGUUAUUAAACAACAAACCUACGUGCCAAGUGCACGUUUGUACAAUAUGCAUAAAGAUUUCCGUGCGCAGUUUUCCUCUGAAGAUGGUUCGGCCAACGCCAACAGUAGUAGUAAGCGUACGGCUGUUCCAGCACUCAACAACAUCGAGGUCGAAGUUGAAGAAGAGAAUUCAUCAAGUGCAAUUCCGUCGAUUCUGCAAUCGUAUUUGAUAGCAGUGGAUGCCUCAUGCACCGACAUUACCUCGUUUGUUAAUAGUCAACCAGCUGAUUAUGAGCUGAUCGAAGAUAUUCACCCAAAAACAUUCAUCACCGAACUUAACGACAGUUGCUUAUCAUCCUUAGCAUCAUUUUUGUCAUCUGUGCCGUCUUCGUCCUCUUCAACAUUGCCAAGCUCUCACUGGAUUGGUAGUACGCAAAAUUUUCGUGGUUUCUUGAUCCUACAAGAAGUUUCAUCAGCAGCUGAAAAUGGCCACAAAUUCAUAAGGUGUAUUCUAAAUAAAAGGUCAGUGAACGAGAACGAUUCUGAAGGUGAGUUUAAUAAAGAAGAUGAACAAACAGCGAAUGCAACGGGAAACGACAGAGUUUCUAGAGUGGAUUGGUCGAGUUUCUUACCGUUCAAAUGUCUAGCGGAAAGAAUUUGCUGCUCACGAGAUGAGGCUGAUCGUUUGGCAUUCGCACGUGCAGUUGAACGUUUCAAGGAACAGUUGCUGGAAAAACAACGAAAAGUUGCUGACUUUGGUACCGAGAAUGCAACCGUCUUCGAAAGCUCGCCAGAAAGCAUCGCAACAAAAUCCUACUCAACAACGGAUCGAUGUGGGAUCUGUGAUGAAAGUUGUGGUGGUGAUUUCAUAGCGCUCGAAUGUCAGCAUUACUUCUGUCGAAAUUGCUGGACACAUUAUUCGUAUCUCAAACUUCAAAAUGCCUCAGUUCCGAUCAAAUGCCUUCAAUACAAUUGUAAUGAGUUUCUGCUUCCGAGACAUUUACUCACAAUGCUUCCGUACGAAUUCUCUGAUCGCUAUGAACAGUUACUGCGGAAUAUUGAAUUGACGCGACUCGAGUGGAUAUAUUGUGAUCGAUGUGAUUCCGUGAUACGUGUUCAAGCCAAAAUUGAUCGUAAUGCUCAAAGAAACAUGAUAGCCGUUUGCGAAUGUGGUGCAGCAUAUUGUGUGAAAUGCUCACAACCACAACACAUGCCACUUCCAUGCGAGGAUGCCAGAUUCUACUUUAAUACCAUUCAAAUNACACGAAGUGAUUUUCAUGUUCGAAGUGAAGAUCGCAGUGUUAUGGUGAAACAGUGUCCAGAUUGUGGUUUGUUCUGUCAGCGAAUUGACGGUUGCAACCAUAUGGAAUGUCCGUGUGGCACUGAUUUUUGUUAUGUAUGCGGAGCGCACUACUUCACUGCUGACGAUGCAUACCAUGCGUGCAAUAAAGAUGAACAUGAUUUUGUGCGCGUCGAUUUACUCGAUAUCCCUCGUGUUGCGUUCAAUAGAGUAUCGUUGAACGUCUUCGAAGAGUGCAUAAGUUUCAGACAACAACGUCAACAUCCCAUGCUGCAUGCGUUCCGCAGGAAUGUUAAUCGCAUUUUACGAUACAAUAAAGUUGAUGCGUGUCGAAUUUUGAAACUUUAUUGUGCGGUUUGUGAAUCGUUGGAAACUGGUAUACUUGGAUCGUAUUUGAUGAGACGUCGACUGAAGCAUUUACGCGAUGAUGAGAGGAUGACUUUAACGAAGACAUCCAUUCGAGUGAGUUCAUUGGAUGGCGCUCUGAGGCGACUUCGUUUCUGCUUCAGCCAAAUCAUUGCAAAGUGUGAAGUGCCCACAACGAAAGCAAGUGAUCUCAUGAGACUAACCGAUUUAGUCGAAUCAGCACUGAAAAAUUAUUUGCUGGAAGCUUCUGAACAAGUUCAGGCGUCGUCAGCGUUGAUUGAUAUCAGAAAUAAGUUUUAA